CAGGCCCAGGGAGUUGAGUGGAAGGGCCUGGGGGUCUGAGCUCUGACUGCUCUGCCACCUCCCUAUUGGCUCCUAGCAGCCUGUGUUCAGCCAAGGCUGAGCGACAGGAGGAGGCUGUCGUCCAUAAAAGGGGGAUGAGGCACCAGAACUGCCAUUCUGGAAGGAUUUGGUAGUGUUCACAGCUUCCUCUCUGAGCAGGAGUCGGGGUAGCCCCUGAAUCUCGGAUCGACCGCCCUAAGACCUGCUCAGCUAGGACAAAGCAGUGCACAGCCUUUCUCGUGCCAGUUUCCAGGUCGGGGGAGCUUGGGGCAGCCUUGGCAGAACACUGAAUGGUUUCGGUCAUCAGCGUGAUUUUAAAGGUCAAAGAUCCUCACUGGACUUAGAGAAGCGGGGUUGGGAGCAUCAGUGAGGUGCAGGAGUCAGGCGCCAUCCACGCGCGAGCAAGUUCAACCUUUUUAUCCUCUUCGAACCGCGUUUAACUGAAGACAAGGAUUGGUGUAUAACACAGCUUGUCUUCCUAAUUUGACAAGCAUCGCUGUCAAGAGCCUUGUAAAACCUUUCAGUCAUUUAUACCCAGGCUUUGAGAUCUGCGUGGGGGAGCUUUUGCAGCAGCCCCAGCUGGCAGGAAAACAAAAUGACGUGGACCCGGCUGAUGCUGUUGGCUUGCCUCCUCCUGGUCCCCUCUACUGCUGCAGAGGACUGCCUGUCUCUGUGCUCCCUGUGUACAGUGAAGACUCAGAAUGAGCCCCAGCCCAUCAACCCCCUGAUUUGUUCCCUGGAGUGCCAGGACCCAGUCCUACUCACAGAGGAGUGGGAGAGAUGCCAGGGCCUUCUACCUUUUCUCAGCCCCUCUACCUCUGGGCUCCAUGGCAAGGAUGGCUUGGAAAACAAGGCUGCUUUGGAAGAACUGACCAAACUUGUGGGGCCGUUCCUGAAGGAGCUGCAGAAAAGCAGAUUCCUCUCCAGCGUCUUAAAGGAAAAGCUCAGGGGUCUCUCUGACAGGUUUGGGGAAAGAAGAGAUUCUGAGCUGAUGCGGGCUGACCAGAUGAGCAAUGGAGCCACGGAGGCUGGCACAACCCAUUUCAAUGAGGAAGACCUCAGGGAGCAGGUCAAACGCUACGGUGGCUUUUUGCGCAAAUACCCCAAGAGGAGCUCAGAGGUGGCUGUGGAAGGGGAUGAAGAUCGGGAUGGUGUGGGGCACGAGGACCUAUACAAGCGCUAUGGAGGCUUCCUGCGGCGUAUCCGCCCUAAGUUAAAGUGGGACAACCAAAAGCGCUAUGGCGGCUUCCUUCGGCGCCAGUUCAAGGUGGUGACUCGGUCCCAGGAGAACCCCAAUAGUCUUUCUGAAGAUCUGUUUGAUGCAUAAUACCUCCCCACCAUGGAGUUUGGUUAGGAGCUUCCCCUGACCCCACCCCUACUGGAGCCCUCUCCCUCAUCCUCCUGUGUGUGCCCCACCCCACACUCCAUUCAGCACUCAUCUGAAAAUGUCCAAACUCAGACCACCCCUUUCCUACCUAAGUGCAGUAUUUGUUUGGGUGCAGUGACAGAGAAGAGUGGAGGUGCCCUGCUUGUAGGUCCAGUGUCCGGCUCCAACUCCUAGAUCUUUAAGCUACAACCGCCAGUGGCUUUUGACUUGAACUCCACCAGUUUUGUAUCUUUGGACCCUUACCCCGAGAAUCCAAAGAAACUUGUUCUUUGUACCUGUAGAUCUGCGAUCUCCAAACUUUACUGCUCAUCAUGUGCCCCUCUCAUAAGAAAAAUGAGCACUCCCUGAUAGUAUGCAUGUGAACCAUAAAACAUAGAGUAGACACUUCAAACAAGGUCUAAAAUGAAAAUGGUAAUUCUAACACUGUUCUCAAGCCUCAGAGGCUCUCUUGUGUGGCCCAUUCUGGAGACCAUAGGUUAGAGGAAAGGCCUUUUCAGGGGCAGGGAUUCUAACCUGAGAGACCAGACCUCUAGCAGGCUAAGUGUUCUGUCUAUGCAUCUGGAGUUCUCAUGGUUUCCAAACAUAGCUCUGGAAAACCCCAGCUCCUGAACCCUGAGUUAGGCUGGGUGCCUUUCCUGAAGGAGAGAGAGCCCUUCACUGGAGAAAGAAUGCCAUCCUUCUGAAGGCUCAAAUGAUAAGGAGGGACCAAGGCGAACCGAUUUGUUCUAAGCAACAAAUGCAGAAUGUGGACCAGUUCUCUUGGUUGUCAUUAAACUAAUUAAACUGAUGGGCAUCACACUUCCAUGUCAGGAACUGAAGCAGAGUGGGGCAUAGGAGGUUAAGCACAGCUGUGUUCAGUAGUCGAGUUGGCUGUGGGGAAGCUGAGCCAUUUGGCCCAGCAUAUGCACUGGGCAGUGGUAAGGAAUUCUUCAGAAGCAGUGGCUGAAAGAGGGACAGUGAUUCUUAUUCUUUAUGUUUCCAAAUAAAACAAGAAAAAGGAAAGAAAUGAUUGAGUGUUCAAGGGCAGCUGAAUUCCCUUGAUUCAAACAACCCAAAAUCAGAGGUGCAGACCUCUUUGGUUUCAAAUGCUCCCAUCUCCAGGCAGACGUUUUGGUUGGUGAGUAUAGGGGAUGGAGUUUGAUGGGAGAGGAAAUGAACUGGAUUUUCAUAUUUGCAUAAGAUACCUGAGUGACCCUCUCCACACACAGGCCACAGCCUGCAGCUCUCUCCUCGUGUUCUGAAAUGUGUAGACUGUUUUAAAGUUACUUUGUGUGCUUCUUAAAAAUUCCAUUUAUUCAACUUAGUUGAAAUAUGCUUAGUCCUUAAAUAGGCCUGUAUAUUUUCCUGCUCUUCCAGUACAAUAAAUAAAAGAUGCU